AUGGCAGACAAGUUAGAAGAAUUAAUCAAGUGGUCCAAAGAAAAUGGCACUUAUAUAGAUGAUCGUAUUUCCUUCCAGAAUAUUUCAGGAAGAGGUAUAUCGGCGGUGAUCAAUGCUGACAUUAACAGUGGAGAUAAUCUUAUCAAGGUUCCCAAGGGUAUCUUUCUCACUCCAGAUCUAGCUCUUAGAUACUUCGGAUCGCAUUGGAAGACAACUCAUGAUCGUAAUGAACAAUUGCAAUUACUGUUGGCCAGACUCAAGUUCGAAAAAGAGGAUACCAUAGUGGAUGGUGUUAACAUCUCUAAGAAAAUGGCUGCAUAUAUUGAUUUCUUACCUGACCAAGGUAAGGAUAUUGGCUUGCCUUAUUUUUGGAACGAGGAAGAAAAGGACAUGCUCAGAGGUACUGAUGCCAUUAUAUUUUUGCAGAGGUUCAUGGAUGCAAUAGUGGAUGAAUGGUACAAUUCAGUGACGGGACUUGAGGGAGUGACUUUAUCCCAGGACAUGGAGAAAUUCUACAAGGACUAUAAAAAAGGAUACUAUAAAAAUGGAACGUUUGUUUUUUUGGAUCAGCCAAUCAAGUCUUGGACUAGUUUCCCGGCAUAUCUUUGGGCGCAUUGCAUAUUUGCAUCAAGAGCUUUUCCAUAUGUGCUGAUCGAUCCACAUGAAAAGAAGGUACAUAAAGCAUUUCUUUUGCCAAUCAUGGAUCUAUUAAAUCAUGAAAUUGGUUGCAAUGUUCGUUGGGACUACAAUGAUGAUGAAUAUGUUAGCUUUACAGCCCGAGAAUCGGCUGAUAGAAUGAAAAAUGGACAUGAACUCUUCAAUAACUACGGUAAUAAGCCUAACUACCAGCUGCUUUUAGGCUACGGUUUUGUUAUUCCCAACAAUACAUUCGAUAUUACUACCCUUACCUUGAAAGUAGAUAAGGAAACGGUAGAAGGAGCUCGUAUGUUUGGUGCUAAGCUACCCGAAGAUGCUUCAGAGCUAGGUAUCAAUUUUGAAAUUAGCAGACAGGACAUCUUGCCUGAAGGACUUGUAGAUUUCUUUGCAUAUGUGGUGAGACUGAAGAGUGAGGAUGGUAUGUAUACUACGAGAAUGAAGUUGGAAGGCGUGAUCAACUUGAGAGCCAUUCUUGAGACUAAGGUGAAAGUUUUCAAGAAUUUCAAGAUGCAGGUCAGUAGUUGGACCUCACCUUGUGUGGCUAGGGCGAUCAAGACAUACAGAACGUCUCAGAAAACGAUGUUUCAGAAUGCCAUCGACGAGACCAACCGGUUAGAAAAGACAUUGUUGAAGCAAUACAAGCCGCUUUCCUUUAAGGAGGUGGUCAAGCAGGACACAGUAUUUUUCAACUCCCUUCUUUUAACAUUUGGUGUGAUGAACUAUGACGAUCUUAUAAAGAAGAAGCUCUUAGAUCAGGCUGUGCUUUUAUGGAUAGUGAGGAAUGCAAACAAGAAGCAUUACAAAGACAUGGAUCAACAGAUAUUCCCCGACUUUAUCUAUGAUACUUUCUCCGACGUCAAAAAGAUGGUACCAAUUACCAAGGAGGAUGUUAUAGAGUUCAGAAAUAUAUAUAGUUCUCUCUUUCCCGCUCUCACAGAGAGAAUCCCUGAGGUUUACAACGUGGGUGAUUGGAGCCCCAGAAACUUUAUUGUGGCGGGCACAGUCUGUGAUAGACUAACUUUCAAAAGGCCAUCGAACAGUGAGGUGUUUUUCCUAGAGAAGAAGAGUAUUUGA